GGUUCGAAAAACAGAGGCCUGAAAUAUCGUUUCCAUAACGACGUUUACAUAUCGGCCAUAUGUGUUUACAUUGAUAAAACAGCAGUUGCAUAUUUGCAAUGGCCACAAAUAAAAAUUUGAAAGAAUGCGGCUGGUUUUACCAUGCUCCAGCUAAGAGACAGGCACACAAUACGGAACCAAUGCCUGUUCCUGUUGCAUCUCAGAUCCCUGGUCUGAACUAUGACCUUCCUCCUGAGGAGGAGUGUCAGAAAUCGGUGUUCAGAGAUACAGACACAAAGUAUGUCCGUCUGGCAAAAUCUGGUGGCAGACAAAAUUUGUUGCAAUUUAAGGAGAACCCUAACAUGAAGGAAAGGCAGCCUGUGUCUUAUCCUAGGAAUGAGUGGUUUUAUUUGGAGGACAACAGAUUAGAAGCAGAGGAAGAAAAAGCAAACUCAGAACCAUACCAAUUCACAGUGCCAGAAUACAUGUACCAUGAUGUGUUUAAUCCAGAUGCUCAGUCAGAUGUGUAUGAACGGCCAAGAAGAGCACCCUUUGGUUUUGAUAAUGUGUCAGCUUUUGAGCGAGAUGGGAAGGGGGUUACAGAUAAAACUGUCAAACUUCCAGAGGUGAUAAAACCUGGAUAUGGAGUGCGUAGUGGUAAGCCAUUGAGAAUAAAGAAAGCUCCCCCAGCACCUGCUGGAAUGAAAACCUCCCAACAAGUGGCAUCUGCCAAAAUGGCGGCAACAGGAGAGGGCCAAGCCAGAUUGAAAUAUUUACCUCUACCCGAAGCUUCUGAUAAAGUUGAGAAGGCAAAGAUGACCAAACUGCUGUCCUAUGCCUAUGAUAAGGAAUGGCAUGAUGAAGUACUUAAAUGGGAAUAUAAGCAGGAUAGGCUAAGAGAAAAACACAAGCAAAUGAUAGCAGCACAGGGAUCACAGAAUAAGGAGCCUCUUGUGUCUGAGUAUAACACAACCAUAGGCAAAAGCAGACAGCCAGUCUAUCAAUCACAAAGACGAGGACCUGCAAUGAAUUCUACCCAUGCUACCAGUCGGUCUGCUGUUUCCUCCACCACAGCCUCCAGGAAAGCUGACAAAGUUCCAGAAAAGGAGCUUUUCAAAAUGACCAAGUUCAAGAACAUUCCAUCGAAAAUUGACCAAUCUGUGCCAAAGGCCAUGAUUGCUGCCACAAAUUAAUGUGCUUCUCAUCUCUAAUGACAAGAACCAGAUCCUCAUGUCUUUAUCGGUCAUGCUGAAUAUUCACAAGACAGGAAUGUUAGUUGUCACAGCUGCUCGAUCUCACUGCUGAAGACAAAAUUUUCAAUGUAGAUAUCUUUUGUAUGAGAUUGGAUGGAUGACUGUAUAUUAUCAACUGUGAAUUCUUGUAGUGAGCAUCAGUCUACCGAUGGAUGUUUAAAGGUGCAUCCUUGGACAUUUUGACAAUGAUGGUGCAUAAUAUUGAACUUUUGAAGAAUUUGUCAAUAUCUAACUUCUAUGUCUGUUAAGGUGUAAAUGGUAAAAUUAAUAUGUCUUAUCAAUUUAGUAUUAAUAACAAAAGUAUUAUUAUGGUUACAUUUAAAACUAAGUAUUAUUCAAGUACCACACUGUUCUUUUACUUUAAGGAAUAUUGCCAUACAGUGAGAAAAUUUUCCAGUGAAAUCUAUGCAGAUGGUUAUAGAAUAUGGUCAUAGGGUAUUUAAUUUAAAAUUAGUUAAACAAUUGCAAAGCCUUUUGAAUUCAGAAACUGUAAUGGCUGUUUACAGCAACUUGAAGACCUCAAAGAGGUAUUGUUUUACUGAAUGAAAUAACCUCUAUUUUAUACAUUUCUUCCUUUGAUAUUGGUAUAAGAAUGAAAAAUAAAAACAUCAAACUUUGAAACUGUAUUUCAGCCAGAAUAACCAUUGUCAUUCUUCAUGUAUAAGUGAAAUUAUAUGUUGUCAUAGUAUAACAGUUUUAUCAAUCCAAGCCUUAUCCAUGAAGUCAGAUAUACUCCAAAUCUGGAAAGCAAAUUGGAAUUAUUCAUACAUAACAGUGUUUGACACGAUUGUGUAAUAUGUUAUUUGGAUUAAUUAAUCUUUGGUUGAACAGUAUAUGUAUCUGUACAAUUCUAGAAAUACAGGUCCAUAUUUAAUAAAAUGAAUUUUUAUUGAAUUAACCAGAAUAAAUGGUUUAAUGUCGA